UAUUAUCUCUAACAAGGUACAAGUUUCAAUCUACAUUUGAAGAUGGAUCUUUGAACAGUUCUAAAGGGGCAAAAGAUUUCAAAUGGGAUGACCCAAGAAUGGCUUCACAUUUCAUUGAAGAAACUGAAGUGGUGGGAUUCGAACUCCCAAGGGAUGAGUUGAUCGGUUGCUUAAUAAAAGGAACCGACCAACUCUCAUUGAUUUCUGUGGUAGGCAUGGGAGGACUUGGAAAAUCCACUCUUGCUAAACAUGUUUUCGAUAAUCAAAACGUGAAAAGACACUUUUAUUGUCGUUCUUUCAUCACAGUUUCUCAAUCAUACACUGUGAGGGAGUUAUUGACAGAAAUGGUACAAAAGUUUUGCAAGGACGCUAAUGAUCCUAUUCCGAAAGGAUUACACAAUAUGGAUGAUCAGACAUUAGUAACAGAAUUGAGGCAAUACCUUCAGUCAAAGAGGUAUUUGGUAUUGUUUGAUGAUGUUUGGAAAGAAAAUUUUUCCGAUGAGAUUGAACAUGCCUUGCCUAAAAACAAAAAGGGAAGUAGAAUCAUAAUCACCACUAGAAACAUGCACGUUGCAGAGUAUUUUAAGAAAUCAGUUGUUGUUCAUGUUCACAAACUCCAACAUUUGUCUCCAGACAAAGCGUGGGAGCUCUUUUGCAAGAAGGCAUUUAGAUUUGAACCCAGUGAGCAAUGUCCAACUGAGCUUGAGGACAUGUCAAAGGAAAUUGUUCAAAAAUGUAAAGGGCUACCACUAGCAAUUGUUUGUAUGGGAGGUCUUUUGGCAACAAAAGAAAAAAGCAUACUUGAAUGGAGAAAGGUGUGUCAGAAUCUGAGAAUGGAGUUAGAGCGCAAUACACAUUUGAAUAGUUUGAAAUGGAUUUUGUCUCUUAGUUAUGAUGAUCUUCCUCACAAUUUGAAAUCAUGCAUGCUGUAUUUUGGUGUAUAUCCGGAGGACUACUCCAUCAGUCGCAAGAGAUUAACCAGGCAAUGGAUGGCUGAAGGGUUCAUAAAAAAUGAGGAGAGAAGACCAAUGGAGGAUGUUGCUGAAGAGUAUCUGACACAGUUAAUAAGUAGAAGUUUGGUUCAGGUCUCCAGAGUUGGCUUUGAUGGUAAAGUUAAAAGUUGUCAAGUUCAUGAUUUAUUGCGUGAUAUCAUCAUCAGAAAAAUGAAUGAGUUAAGUUUUUGCCACUUAAUGCGUGAAGAUGAUGAAUUAGUCACAGUUGAAAAAACUAGAAGGUUUUCCAUAGCUUCUUGUUCUAAAAAUGUGUUAAGGGAAACCAGUAACUCGGGCAUUCGUGCUAUUUAUGUCUUCAAGAAAAGUGAAUUGCCUGAAGAUUUUGUGGGUAGCUUAUCUGCCAAGUUUAAGCUUUUGAAAGUUCUUGAUUUUGAAAGCACUAUGUUAAAUUCUGUUCCUAAUAAUUUGGGGAAUCUUUUCCACCUGAGGUACCUAAACUUGAGCCAUACAAAAGUAAAGAUUCUUCCUAGAUCCGUUGGUAAGUUGCUGAACUUGGAAACCUUGGAUCUAAGACAGACAUAAGUGCAAGUGCUACCAAGAGAGAUAAAAAACCUAACAAAAUUAAGACUUCUCCCAGUCUACUAUAGAAAAUAUGAAGGACAGUACUCUAUGUUGAAUUUCACAACUGGGGUGAAAAUGCAAAAGGGUAUUGGAUGCUUGAAAUCCUUACAGAAGCUUUACUUUUUGGAGGCUGAUCAUGGUGGAUUAGAGCUUAUGCAAGAGCUCAAGAUGUUGAAACAGUUAAGGAAGUUAGGUAUAAGGCACGUGAAAACAGAAUACGCAGAUGCCCUAUCUAGUGCAAUAGGGGAGAUGAACCACCUUGAAUCUCUCAAUGUAAGUGCUAAAGAUCAGGAUGAAAUAAUUGACUUGAAUUUUUUAUCAACUCCAACCUCCCUUCUGGUGUUGAAUUUGAAAGCUCGAGUUACAAAGUUUCCUGAUUGGAUUCCAAAACUUAAGUAUCUUGUUAAGUUAAGGCUUGGUUUAUCUAAUUUGGAAGGAGAUCCAUUGGACUCACUGAAAGAUUUGCCAAGUCUGUUGCGACUCAAUAUGUGGGAUAAUGCAUAUAUUGGUGAAAUUUUGCACUUCAAAAGAGGAGGAUUUCCAAGGUUGAAGGAACUGGAUCUCACUCGACUAAGCAGAUUAAAUUCUAUAUCUAUAGAUGAAGGAGCUUUGCUUGGUCUUGAACACUUCAGAUUUAAAGAUAACCCCCAAAUGAAGGUGGUACCUCAUGGCCUCAAACACUUGAAAAACCUUCAAUUUCUUGGCUUUGCUGAUAUGCCAGCUGAAUUAGUAGAAAGCAUUGAUCCAGAAAAAGAUGGUCAAGAUUAUUCAGUUAUCAAGCAUAUUCCCCUUGUUCUCAUUCGUCAGAAUGUGGGUCCAAAAUUCCAUGACUAUGAAUUGCGUGCUAUUCCCACAUUAGCCACUAAAUUCAAAUUUGCCCAUGAUGAAUUAGACACAGUUGAAAAAACUAGAAGGUUUUCCAUAGCUUCUUGUUCCAAAAAUGUGUUAAGGGAAACCAGUAACUCGGGCAUUCGUGCUAUUUAUGUCUUCAAGAAAAGUGAAUUGCCUGAAGAUUUUGUGGGUAGCUUAUCUGCCAAGUUUAAGCUUUUGAAAGUUCUUGAUUUUGAAAGCACUAUGUUAAAUUCUGUUCCUAAUAAUUUGGGGAAUCUUUUCCACCUGAGGUACCUAAACUUGAGCCAUACAAAAGUAAAGAUUCUUCCUAGAUCCGUUGGUAAGUUGCUGAACUUGGAAACCUUGGAUCUAAGACAGACAAAAGUGCAAGUGCUACCAAGAGAGAUAAAAAACCUAACAAAAUUAAGACUUCUCCCAGUCUACUAUAGAAAAUAUGAAGGACAGUACUCUAUGUUGAAUUUCACAACUGGGGUGAAAAUGCAAAAGGGUAUUGGAUGCUUGAAAUCCUUACAGAAGCUUUACUUUUUGGAGGCUGAUCAUGGUGGAUUAGAGCUUAUGCAAGAGCUCAAGAUGUUGAAACAGUUAAGGAAGUUAGGUAUAAGGCACGUGAAAACAGAAUACGCAGAUGCCCUAUCUAGUGCAAUAGGGGAGAUGAACCACCUUGAAUCUCUCAAUGUAAGUGCUAAAGAUCAGGAUGAAAUAAUUGACUUGAAUUUUUUAUCAACUCCAACCUCCCUUCUGGUGUUGAAUUUGAAAGCUCGAGUUACAAAGUUUCCUGAUUGGAUUCCAAAACUUAAGUAUCUUGUUAAGUUAAGGCUUGGUUUAUCUAAUUUGGAAGGAGAUCCACUGGACUCACUGAAAGAUUUGCCAAGUCUGUUGCGACUCAAUAUGUGGGAUAAUGCAUAUAUUGGUGAAAUUUUGCACUUCAAAAGAGGAGGAUUUCCAAGGUUGAAGGAACUGGAUCUCACUCGACUAAGCAGAUUAAAUUCUAUAUCUAUAGAUGAAGGAGCUUUGCUUGGUCUUGAACACUUCAGAUUUAAAGAUAACCCCCAAAUGAAGGUGGUACCUCAUGGCCUCAAACACUUGAAAAACCUUCAAUUUCUUGGCUUUGCUGAUAUGCCAGCUGAAUUAGUAGAAAGCAUUGAUCCAGAAAAAGAUGGGCAAGAUUAUUCAGUUAUCAAGCAUAUUCCCCUUGUUCUCAUUCGUCAGAAUGUGGGACCAAAAUUCCAUGACUAUGAAUUGCGUGCUAUUCCCACAUUAGCCACUGAGAGUACGACUGAAAUGGCAGAAGCUGCGAUUUCUUUUGCAUUGGGAGAAGUUUUCCAAAUUCUAAAGGAAGAAAAAAGUCUUCUAAGUGGCAUUAACAAAGAGUUUUUAGACAUCAGAGAUGAACUAGAAAGCAUCCAAGCCUUCCUCAAAGAUGCAGAUAGAAAGGCAGCAGAUGAAGCAAACACCAAUGAUGGAAUAAGAACUUGGGUAAAGCAGGUCAGACAAGUGUCAGUUCGCAUAGAAGAUGUCAUCGAUGAAUACCUCAGGGUGAUUCAUCAGGUCCCCCGUCAUGGAUUUGGGGCUUCAAUUUGCAAGAUUACAAACCUGAUAAGAACAUCGCUUUCUCGUCAUCAGAUCGCCGUCGAGAUUCAGGACAUUAAAUUGUCACUUUCUUUAAUCAAGGAAAGAAGUGAAAGGUAUAAGUUUCAAGUUUUACAAGAAAAACCAUCAAGCAGUAGCACUGGAAGGAUAGAAGGAAGUGGAUGGAAUGAUCAUAGAAUGGGUUCCCUUUUCAUUGAAGAAACGGAAAUUGUAGGAUUUGAAUUACCAAGAGAUGAAUUGCUUAGUCUGUUGUUGGAGGGCAAAAAAGAACGCACAUUGAUUUCAGUGGUAGGGAUGGGGGGUCUUGGAAAAACUACCCUUGCCAAACACGUUUUUGACAGUGAAAACGUAAAAAUCCACUUUCACUGCCGUGCUUGCAUCACAGUUUCCCAAUCAUACACUGUGAGAGGGAUAUUCACAGACAUGAUCAAGCAAUUUUGUAGGGAGACAAAAGACCCUCUUCCAGAAAUGUUAGAAGAGAUGGACGAGAAGACGCUGAUUUCUGAAUUGAGGCAAUACCUGGAGCAUAAAAGGUAUUUGAUAUUUUUUGAUGAUGUAUGGCAUGAAGAUUUUUGUGACCAAGUUGAACUUGCCAUGCCCAGUAACAAUAGAAGUAGCAGGAUCAUAAUCACCACUAGAAUGAUCCACGUUGUUGAGUUUUUCAAGAAAUCCUUUCCUCUUCAUGUUCACAACCUACAACCAUUGCCUUCUGACAAAGCAUGGGAACUCUUCUGCAAGAAGGCAUUUAAAUUUGAGCUUGAUGGUCAAUGUCCGGCAGAGCUUAAAGAAAUGUCAAAUGAAAUUGUUGGAAAAUGCAAGGGGUUACCUUUGGCGAUUGUGGCCAUUGGUGGUCUACUUUCAACAAAAUCAAAAACUGUGUUCGAAUGGCUAAAGGUCAGUCAAAAUCUCAACCUGGAGUUGCACCGUAAUGCCCAUUUAACUUGAUUAACAAAGAUUUUAUCUCUUAGUUAUGAUGACCUGCCUUACUAUCUGAAUCCAUGCAUAUUGUAUUUUGGUAUAUAUCCUGAGGACUCUUCCAUUAAUCACAAGAGGUUAACUCGGCAAUGGAUAGCUGAAGGUUUUGUUAAAUCCGAUGGGAGAACUUUUGAGCAAGUUGCGGAUGAGUACUUAUCUGAGUUAAUUUAUAGAAGUCUGGUUCAAGUCUCCUGGGUUGGGUUCGAAGGGAAAGUUAAAAGUUGUCGAGUUCAUGAUUUAUUACACGAAUUGAUCGUAAGAAAAAUGAAGGAUUUAUGUUUUUGCCAUUUUGUUCAUGAAGGUGAUGAUGAAUCAGCGACGAGUGCAUCAACUAGACGCCUAUCUAUAGACACCAGUAUCAAUAAUGUGUUGAAGAGCACCAACUUCACACACAUCCGUGCACUUCAUGCUUUUGGAAAAGGAGGAACGGUUGAGCCUUUUACAGGUCUCUUGGCUUCAAAGUCUAGAGUUUUGAAAGUACUAGACCUUGAAAGUACAUCUUUAAACCAUGUUCCCAGGAAUUUAGGGAAUAUUUUCCACUUGAAGUACCUAAAUCUAAAGAAUACUAAAAUACGGUCUAUUCCCAAAUCUGUUGGUAGGUUACAGAACCUAGAGACCUUGGAUAUAAGAGAAACUCUUGUUCAUGAGUUACCAAGUGAAAUAAACAAGCUCAAAAAGUUAAGGCAUCUUCUUGCUUUCCAUCGAAACUAUGAAGCAGAAUAUUCUCUUUUGGGAUUUACAACUGGUGUGCUGAUGAAAAAGGGUAUAAAAAACUUGACUUCCCUUCAAAAUCUUUGCUAUGUGGAGGUAGAACACGGGGGAAUAGAUCUGAUUCAAGAGUUGAGAUUCUUGAAGCAGUUAAGAAAGUUAGGCUUGAGGCGUGUUCGGAGGGAACAUGGAAAAGCAAUCUGUGCUUCAGUGGCAGAGAUGACACACCUUGAAUCACUCAAUAUCACAGCAAUAGGUGAGGGUGAAAUUAUUGACCUGAACUCUAUAUCAUUCAUACCCCAACUUCAACGGCUUCAUUUGAAAACAAGACUGGAAAGGAUGCCUAAUUGGAUUUCAAAACUAGAGUUUCUUGUUAAGAUGAGGCUGGCUUUAUCCAAUUUAAAAGAUGAUCCGUUGAGAUCGCUGGAAAACUUGCCUAAUUUGUUGAAGCUUACUAUCUGGGACAAUGCCUACGGUGGUGAAAUCUUGCAUUUUCAAAGUGGAGGGUUUCGAAAAUUGAAGGAGCUGAAUCUGGCUCGCUUGAACACAGUAAGUGCUAUCCUCAUAGAUAAAGGAGCUUUGCUUUCUCUAGAACAUGUCAAAAUUACCAAAAUCACUCAUCUGAAGAAGGUACCCUCAGGCAUCAAAGACUUGUAUAACCUUAAAGUUAUUGAUUUCUGUGAUAUGCCAACUGAACUUGUUGAGAGCAUUGAUCCAAAAAACGGCCAAGAUUAUUGGAUCAUCAAUCAUGUUCCACUUGUAUUCAUUCGUCGUUGGGUGGGACCAAAACUCAAUGAUUUUGAAGUCCGCAUUGUUCACUCGUCUACUAAGGAAUCGUUAACAAACUGAUAAUGCUUUCACGUCUAUUAUGAAGGCAGUUGGAGCUGCUCUUUAAAGCUUGUAUUCGAGACUUCUUCAAUUGAAUGGACAAUUUCAUCUUCAUAAUAAAGAGAAACGUAAUUUCUUUAAAAUGUUGAGAUUUGUUUGUGAUGAAGAUUCUAGACUCAAAAGGACACUUUGUUGUUCCUUCCUUCCUAGACAACUGUAGUAGCUUUGUUAUUUUACUAGAAAAACUAACUAAUCAUGAGAAA